AUGAUAAUGAUUAUUAAUUUUGGAAUAUUUAUUGUUCAUUUGACUUAUACUUCAAUAGAUGCAUAUCCAAAUUGGCCUGUAGCUAAUUUUUUAGGGGAAGUUAUUGGCGUAACUGCUCUUAAUUCAUUUGAUUCAAGAAUAAUUUUGAUACCAUUAAUGUUAAUUGCUAUAAUAUUACAUAUUGCUGUUGGUAUUCUUGUAAAAAUUAAAGGAGGUAAACUGAUAUGUAUUUAUUGUUAUAUACUAAUUGAAAAUUAUUCGCCCAAACACCAAAAUAAAGAUCUAGUGUCUUAUUGCAACUAUAAAUAAAAAAAUUUUCGCCUGUGGCGCAUAAAUAUUUAGUUAAGAAUUUUUUGACAAACCCCGACACCCGACAAAAAGUAAAACACGAACCUGAAGCCAACAUCCUCUACACACCAACUUCGACCCAGAAAGUAAGUAAUUACCCUAGCCCUUACGAUCAAGAUAUCCCAUGCAAAAAAUACCACAAUCAAACAUUGCUA